AGAAAGCACAAAGCGCGCUGGUGCAUCCUUCGUACGGACAUCUCAUGUUAUUGCCGGUAGUAAACUGCGCCAAGCUGGUCUGCAGACUGGCUAUUGGACUCGACAAGCAACCGGAACUGGUGGCGCACCUCAAGUCUGACAAAGCUGAUCAGGACGAUGGUGGGCCUCGUGACACUUUGCCCGAGCGAGCGGCAGACACGCUGCGAAAGGCAUUCACGACGUGUCUCAAUGAUCGUGCAGCUGCACUCAGCAGCGAUGGCAAACCGAUUGGCAAGAAGAAGGGAAUCUACAAGAUUGCCAACAUCUGUCUGAAGAUCUUAUUCCAAUGUCGCAAGACACGCAACGCCACCAUGAUCUUUGAGAAUAUCGGAUUGCAGUCACCACAAUUAUCCGCAUACCCACGCAGUGAGCGAGUGACAUACCUGUACUACCUGGGCCGAUAUCUCUUCCAAACCAACCACUUCUACCGCGCGCAAGAAGCCUUGCAGCAUGCAUACGACCUCAGUCCCACAGCACAGCAAUGUGUGAGACAGCGUCGAUAUAUCCUGGUCUAUUUGGUCACUUGCAACCUCAUAUUGGGUCGUUUCCCGUCCUCAGCUCUGCUGCAACGACCCGAGGCAGCACGUUUGCAGCAACAUUUCUCGCCCAUUAUGCAAGCCAUGCGUACCGGGAACCUUGCACUAUUCCGGCAGCAUCUCGACUUUGACUCUCCUUCGGCCGACUGGCUCCUUCACUUCCGCAUUCUCCUCCCGCUCCGCAACCGAUGCGAGGUGCACGUAUGGCGGAGUCUGGUCAGUAAAACGUGGCAAAUCAGCGGCGAAAAGGCCAAAGCAGAUCACGUGGGGAACGUGGUGCUCCAGCUGAAAUAUCUCGUGCAAGCAUUCAGUUUGGCGGAAGGGCUGGCGCAGAGCCCAACAGAUGCAUCCUACAUUGAUCCCGAAUUUGACGACGAAGACGAAGACGAUGCCGAAGCAGCAGCAGAUUCCACGCCCAUCACCGUAUCGAGUACGUCAAUCGAGUCAAUCUUAUCCUCCCUCAUCAGCCAAGGCUUCGUGAACGGAUUCGUAUCGCACCGCGAGCUGCGGCUGAUUAUGACACUGAUGCGGCACGGAAAUGUGGUCGCGACGGGCUUCCCACAACCGUGGAGUGUGAUUCAGCAGAAAGUGAAGGGUGAUGUUGAGGUUCCCGGGUGGAGAAAGCAUGCGCAAGGAGGCGGAUUGGGAGGUGGUGGUGGUGGAGGGCGAGUGGUGAGUUUGAGUGGUGCUCGGGCAGCGGGAGCGGCUUGAUGAGUGAGGGGGGAUGUGUUGUGGGAGGGGAGCCGCCUUGAUAUCAAAUAUUGGUCUCUCUAUGGGUAGGAGAGAUGAUGAGGGCGCCCAUAUCUCAAAACCUUGUACCUGAGCUCAGCGACGUAGCAUCACAAUACAUUGCAUGA